AUGAUCCCAAAGACAGACUUGGAUAGUGGAUUGUUACCCCUUGGCACCGAUCUGGAAGUCAUUCAGGUGGCAAGGUAUGUGCCUAAUCAUAAGGAAAUUAAUUUGUGCAUUGAGCAUGGGAAGACUAGAGUAGUCCCUUACUUUAAGUCCCCAUUGAAGGUUCGUAUUGAGGAAGUUCAUGGGGAUCAUUCUCCUGAAAUGGAUAGGUUGAUCGAGAGAGUGAUCCCUUUAGGGGGGGGGGUACGGUUUGAGGAUAAACAAGGUAAAAGAGUUAUUAACACAGGGGAUGAUCACCAACCAAAAGGGGAUGUUGAUCCAGUGGAUGAUUAUGAGGUAAUGAGGGAUGUAGACGCAGAAUAUGGUGGGCCAAAAAAUCUACACGAUGUUGAAUUUUUUGAGGAUGAAUACAGUGAAAGUAAGGAAAGUGUUAGUGAGGGUGCUUGGAGUGAGGAUAGUAGGAGUAAGGAAUCACACAACGCUGCUGCCCCAUCGCCGAUCUCGUACACCCACAAGUUUCGCACGGCUUCUGAUAUGAAUCCCACCUCCAUGAAAUCGACUCCCACCGCCGAACUACGACCUCCGACGGCAAGCUCCGGCAUCGCUGGUUCCAACCUCGAAAGCGCUGCUCUUGCCAGCGAUGGUUCCGCCCUCAACGACGAUGGGCUCCACCAUACGGUCUCCGAUCUCCUUCAAUGGUCGGGUACGAAGUUGCUAAAAUCACUCUAG